AUGGAUGCCCAGACCAAGCCCUGUGCCCCACGGCUGCCCCGCUUCGAGCGCCACGUGCGGCCGUGCCUGGCAGAGCUGCUGGGCACUGCCCUCUUCAUCUUCACGGGCUGCCUGGCAGCGCUGGAGGAGCCGGGGGGCACGGGCAGGCUGCAGCCCGCCCUGGCACACGGGCUGGCCCUGGCUGCCACCGUGGCCGUGCUGGGGGACAUCAGCGGAGGCCACUUCAACCCCGCCGUGUCCCUGGCCGUGUGGCUGCUGGGGGGGCUGCACGUCACCCUGCUCGUCCCCUACUGGCUGUGCCAGCUCUGCGGAGGGGUCAUCGGGGCUGGCCUGGCAAAGGCGGUGGCACCGAGCGAGCGCUUCAGCAACGCCAGCGGCGGAGCCCCGGGCAGUGCCACGGCCCGAGAGCAGCUCCCGGCCGUGCUGGGGGCCGAGAUCGUGCUCAGCUCCUUCCUGCUGCUCGUGGUGUGCAUGGGAGCCGUGAACGGCAGCACCCGCACCCCGCUGGCCCCGCUGUGCAUCGGCCUCACCGUCACCGCCGCGGCCCUGGCAGGGGGCGGCGUGUCCGGAGCCUGCAUGAACCCAGCCCGGGCCUUCGGGCCGGCUCUGGUGGCGAACUGCUGGAACUACCACUGGGUCUACUGGGUGGGGCCCAUGCUGGCCGCGCUGCUGGUCGGGGGGCUGAGGGUGCUCGGGCCCGCAGGAAGCACGCUUGGCUGCGCCUGCUCUGCGCCGGGCAGCCUGCUGCACCGCGGGCAGAGCCGCAGCGGCUGCAGAGCGAACCCCCGGCUCCCCUCUGGAGCCGUGCCAGCCCCGCAGCUCCCGGUGCCGGUGCCCGCGGCUCCCAGGGGUGCUCCGGGCCGGGCGGGGCCGGGCGGGGCCGGGGGGCUGCGUGGGGACAGCGGAGGUGGCGGUGAUGACGCGCGGAGCCAGCUCUGCGCGUGA